AGAGAAAACGGUCUCUGGCCAAGUGCGGCCGUGACGUAACAGUAUACACGACGAAGCCCGGGGGUAGAGGUCAGAGUCCGGCUACUUGGGGUGAAGAACCACUGCAUAGAGCGGUGUCCGUAUGUACUGGAGCCCUGUGAUAAUCUACAUACCAUACAACAGCUACCAACCCCCACUGACAGAGGCUACUCAAUCAUUGCAAUUCUUCAAAGGUAAAAUGUCUUUGCAAAACAUUACCAUUACGAUACUAAAUUCAUCGAUAUCAUAAAAGGUCCAUUAAUGCAAUACUUGCAGUUUGAUUGUUUUCUGUUUGUAGAUGGUUCUGCUCAAGAAGACCCUUCAUAAAUCCCAGGUUCCCGCCUAUUUCCACGUGCCUUACGUAGAGUCCGGCUACCGCUACUCUCAACAACCAUGGACGUUUUACAUCUACAGCGUUUUCUACAACAACAUGGAAACCCUCAACGUCUGGACGCACUUCGUGGGAUCGCUGGUAAUGACGUCACGGCUAUACCAGAUCUACGUCAUCUUUGGCCUUCUGGAUCCUCAUACCUGGCCGCUACUUGCAGGAACUCUUUCUUUCCUGGCUACCUAUCUGGCGAGCAGUGUUGCCCACAUGUUCUCACACAAAUCAAAGGAAGUCAACUGUUGUAUGUUUAUGAUAGACUUUGCUUGCAUCGGUCUGUUUGGAUUCGGCACCAUUCUUAGUCACUAUCACUAUUCUGUGUUUCUACAUGUAUUGAAGACUUCUUCAUUUUGGCAGAUCCUACACGUGGGUACCUUUUUGUCGGUCCUCUGCUGCACGUGCGGUGCUAUGUCAAAAGUAGUGGUGAACGAGCCCCACUCCAAACACCGGGGCCUUCUAACCGUAAUUGGGGUUGGGCUGUUGUACCUCCUGUCCAUUGUCCCUAUUGCCAACCGGAUGCUGAAUUCAGAGACCACGGCAGGGAUUCAUCACCAUGGCAAUCAGAUGUUUCACAUGGUCGCCACGGGAUUCUUUUUCACGACUAGGAUUCCCGAGCGUCUCUUCCCAGGCACGUUUGAUUUCCUUGGAAACAGUCACCAGGUGUUCCAUUUGUUGAUGAUCCAGGCUUCCGAGAGUCACGUGAAUGGGGUCAUUUGGGACAUGCUAUUCCGUCAAACGUUUAGACUCCCGCGGGUGACGCCCUCGUUUUGGAGUACGUUUGGCCCGAUUCUCACAAUAUCAUUAAUCGAUGUCCUCGUUAUACGUCUCUUCUAUAUCGCAUUCAAAAAGAAGAUCACUAAGCAUCGCAACAUUCUCUGUUUAAACAACAACACUUCCAAACAAAAUUAGAGCCAUGUUUUGAUGCUUUCACUUCUUUUUUCAUCAUUAAAAGAAAAACAAAACGUUUAUCAUGGUAUAAUAUAAAGUUUAAUGUAACAAAACGUCAGUUUUAAUCCAACACUGGUCCCUAUCCCACAAAAAGCUUUGAAAAUUAAAAGUAAUACUUCAAAUAAGUAUAAAUAUUAAACAAAUACCGUGUAUAUACAAAUUGUAACCAUUUUACACAGUCUUACUGAGUAAAACAUCAGAAUCCCUGACAGUCUGAGGAGUAUGUAGUGUUCCAAGCUGUGAAGCUUGUAAUGUUUACGGGCCUAUGAAGUAAAAUGUGUUCGUUGGGGAUUCUGUUGAGAGUUUUAAUUAAGAUUGUGGCAUUUAUUUUUCAAUGGCCCAUUUUUAGGCAGACAUUUUAACACUGGGAUAAGAAUAAAUAAUUGUCACAUUGUUCUUGUAUACAACAAGACUGGGUCCUCUCCUAUGCCUUGGAAGGUUUUGUUCUAUUGAAACUUUUGUAGUGACCUGUUACUUGUUCCAAUUAUUAUCCAAAAAGAAAUAUGUGUUGAUCCCCAUUAGCUGGAUCUGUGAAUUGAUAUGUUUAACUUUAAUUUAGAACUUAUACAUGUCCUUUUCACAACAAGCUCAAAGUAAAAAUAAAUAAAGUCUUCAUCAAUCUUCAACAGUCAUAAGUUUCUCACAAUGGAUAAAUCAAUUAAAUUGUUCCAUAAAAAGUACCCUGAUAUCAAUCUGUUUUUACAGACUAACAGCAGAUGAAUCUGUCACGCCACACAAUUACCAAAAUGUCUCACAUAAACAAACCAUUCUCUCUUUCAAACAGUUCCUCUCUUCAUUUCAUAAAGAGACAAUCUGGGAUCAUUGCUGGAACAGAUUGUUCUGUUGAUCAUAACACAAACCAUCUUGGUUCAGUAACAUUUUCCCAUGUUUCUUUAUACAGCUUUUAAAUGUGUAUGAGAAAAAGAAUUUCAAGUAUAAUACACAUGCAUUUAAAUGUAUAUAUUAUUAUAAUAUCUUAAGAGUGUUAUAAAUAUUGAUACUAUUAAAAUUUGAACCAACAUUCAUUA